AUGUCAUUCAAUUAUUCUUCAAUUAUUAAUGAACAACUUUCUCGUGAUGAUCCUUUAUUUUGGAGUCGUCCAACACCAGUUGAUUGUAAUACAAUUCGAAUAGUGGGCAUAUUUUUAUGUAUGGCUGCAUUUAUUGGUAUUGUUUUUAAUGGAGCUCUAUUUUACAAUUUUAUACGAUAUAAAAUUCUUCGUUCACCACCAAAUAUAUUUGUUAUGUUUAUUGCUGGAAUGGGUCUUAUUGCUUCAUGUACAAUUCUUCCAUUGACAGGUACAUCUUCAGUUUAUUGUCAAUGGUUAUAUAAACGUGCAGGUUGUCAAUUAAGUGCUAUGAUUGCAUUUUUAUAUGGAUGUUCAAGUUCAUAUUUACUUUGUGGAGCAAGUCUUAGUCGAUGUUAUAUUAUUAUUCGACCAUUUCAAGCUAAAUAUAUAACUGUAAGACUUAAACGAAUGCGUGAAAAAAUUGAACAUGGUAUUCAAACAGUAUUCAAUCGAAAACGAAUUGAAAUGGAACGACGCAUUCUUAAAAGUAUUAUAAUAACAACUAGUGGUUUUAUUUUUACAUGGACUCCUUAUGCAGUGACACUUUUUGUGUCAGCAUUUCGAGGUAAAGAUUAUGCUAUAUCACCAAUGGCUACUUUCUUUUGUGCAUGUUUUGCUAAAACAUCAGUUAUAUGGAUUCCAAUGUUUUAUGUUGCUACAUCGACUCAUUUUCAAUUGAGUUUUAUCAAUCGAGAUAUAUUAGAUCAAUCGACACGAAUUACACGAAUAGAUAGAACAUUAGUUAAGGCACCUAUAUUAUUAUCUCAGAAAAAUGAUGCAAUGAUGAUGAAAUCUGUUAUUGAGAACAAUCAUGACGCAUAA